CAGUAACAAACAUUAUUGCAUGAAUGUAUUCUGUGAUUAUUUCUUUUUCUCGACAGCAGGUUACUACGAGCAUAUGACACCUUGUGUGCAUGACACGUGACCAAAAAAUGGAGUGGAUCCUUGACUUUUAUUUUUAAUUUUUUUUCUUCCUCUCUCUCUCUCUUUGUUAUGCCGUUUGUCAACCAACCUACCGUUGAAAGUAUUCACAUCUAUCCCAUCAAAUCUUGCCACUACAUCAAGUUACAAGAGUGCGAAGUAGAUAAUUUAGGAAUAAAGCAUGAUCGUCGUUUUAUGAUUGUCUAUGCUGACAGCAACCGAUUUGUCACUCAAAGAAAAUACGCUUCUUUGUCACUUCUUUUACCUUCUUAUGACGAGAAAGAAAAUACAUUUACUCUUUCAGCCGAAGGACAAGAACCCUUGACACUUCCAUUAAAGCAAGAGUUGAGCAAGUUACCCACUCGCACUGUCCAGCUCUGGCAAGAUAGAUUGACAGUAUACGAUGUGGGCGACAAAGCAGCUGAGUGGAUCACUCAGUUCCUUAUAAAUCAUCGUAAACAUGAUCGAGAAAACAACCAUAAUAUGGAUGAUCCUGUCAGUGAAGACGAUCCUAUCAAUCAAGUCCGAUUGGUGACAUUGGAUAAUCCUAAACAUGGUGUCUAUUGUAGACCUGCUCAUCCUAAAUUAGACGGUGUUCAUUCUCCUUUUGCCGAUUGGUCUCCUAUUUCUUUUGGAUUCACAAGUAGCUUGGAAGACGUAAACAAGGGACUUGUCGAGACUAGGAUCAGUAAAGGCAAUCGUAUUCCUAUGGUUCGCUUUAGAAACAAUAUCACUAUCUCGGGAACAAUUCCUUGGGAAGAAGAUCAAUGGUUGGUAGCAAAAGUGGGUGAAGUAACUGUUUAUAUCAUUCAGCCUAUUGCCCGAUGCACAGUGCCUGGUAUUGAUCAAGAUACUGGCAAGAAAGAUGCUUGGGAUGGAAAAGGUCCUACUGACUACCUGAAGAUAAGAAGACGGUUUGUUGAUCAACCCAACCAUGGCCAAUUUUGCUGUGAUGUUGUUCCUUUGACAACUGGUAAGAUUCGUGUAGGUGAUAGAGUUGAGGUGUUGGAACGCAUUCCAGAGGAAUACAAGCAAGGCCCUUUACCACCUACUGCUUAGAACAUUGAUGUCACAUGAUUAUCAUCAUCAUUACCUCAAAAAAGCAGGCCAUUGUUUUAUGCAGACUAAAGCCAAUAAAUUUAUUUUUUUUUCUUUUUUUAUUGUUUGAUCA